AUACCAAACCAAGCGAGCUUUUUGUAUAUCAGCAGAAGAAGUCGAAUACAACACGAUUAUUGUUGUUAUUGUUUCCAAGUCUUGGGUUUUCUCGCUGUGAAUUUCGAUUCCAGUUUUAGAGCUUGUGGGUUUCAUUUUUCUUGUUAUUUAUUAAGAAGAAAGAAGAGUUAAAGAUGAGUGGAGAGAGUGUGACCCUUGACCUUCUUCAGAGAAAAAUGGAUCAGUUUGCAAAGGAAAGAGACUGGGAGAAGUUUCACAGCCCUAGAAACCUUCUUUUGGCUAUGGUUGGAGAAGUAGGUGAACUUUCAGAGAUAUUUCAGUGGAAAGGCGAGGUUCCUAAAGGACUGCCAGAUUGGAAAGAAGAAGAAAAAGUACACCUGGGUGAAGAACUUUCUGACGUAUUGCUUUACCUGAUUAGGCUCUCUGAUAUUUGUGGAAUUGAUCUCGGAAAAGCUGCCCUUCGUAAAAUUGAACUCAAUGCACUCAAAUAUCCAGUCAAAGGGUGUUCAAACAAUGUUACCAACACUAGCACUUCAGAUUGACCUAUGAAGUUCUCAGACUAUACAGUGUUUGGUUCAUACUCAAAAGGAAAAGUAGUUAAUAUCUUAUUUAUUAUGCUUUAUAAUUGCAUUGAUAAGUUUUCUAUAUUAGUCGUGUCGGUGGUGGAUUCUGAGAAGUACUUGAAUAGUAUUCGUUUUACUUUUGGUCUUGGUCUCAAGUAGUUGGGUUGAAAACAUUGACAUUUCCUAGUAUGGUCGUUGUUGGUUUAGCAUUAAUUUCUCUGAGAUUUUUUUUCACUA